AAAAAACCCAGGGUGCCACGCUCAGUCAUGUGUGAAAAGUGUGGGUUCGUAUCCAGCAGAGUUAAAAACAGCAGGGUGAAAAGUCUUCGUCACGCCAAGGGUUGCCCAGACAUGAAACCAAGGCAUGAGCUGACGUACGAGACCAGGGCUCAAAUGUUGAAGGCGCUGGAAGCGCCUGGAGCAACCCUCAGCUCAGUCGCCAGGCUCUUCGGAGUCUCUGUGUCCUCCAUGUCCAGGAUAAAUGCCAACAAGGAACGGAUCUUAAACCACUGUCUUGACCACAGCGGGCAGAAGAGGAUUCGCUUCUGCAAAGAGCCUGAGGUUGCCCACAACCUGUACACGUGGUACAUGGAGAAGAAGGCAGAGGGUGUGCACAUAACUGGACCUAAGCUCAAAGAGAAGGCCAGGAAGAUGGCAGCCGAGAUGGGGAGGGACUUCAAGGCUUCCAGCGGUUGGCUGGGCCGCUGGCGGCACAGGUACAACAUUGUCUGUACUGCUAAAAAUCCUGACAAAGUCAACAGGGGUCCGUUGAAAAAGAAGAGGUCCAGAAAAAGCACACCCCAGCGGACAGACAAUAUGGACCACUUGGUCCACCUUCAACCCAUGCAAGCAGAUAUGCACCAGGACAGUUUAGGAAGCUCCACCAGUAUUGUUGUAGAGCAAAACGAACAACAGCAGCAACCUCCACCACAACCCCAUCAACAUUCACAGGCUCCUGUAUUCCUUCAUCAACGGUUCUCAACCCCUUGGGAAAUGGCUCAGCAGCAA